CGGACAGACAGGAAACCGAAAGUUAGAGCUGACAAACGAGAAGAAAAUGCGUUAAAAUGGAAAAAACAUUGACUUGACCUUAUAGUUCUUUUGUUUGGGAAGAUAAUUUGCUGGCUAACAUGUCUUUCUAACGAGUCCAUGUAUUCAUAAACACACAGUGUUAAUGUUAGUGUAACGUAGCGACGGAAAGUGACAGCAACGUUAGUAAGCUGUAGCGUGUGAGACGUGCUACCAGAAACAUGGAGCCGGAAACUGAAGUUGAGAGAAUCUUCAGGAAUGAGGAGGAAGACGAUGAGGAAGAGACGAAGAAGUGCAUGAGGCCACCCUCCAGCUAUGGUUCAAUGAAGAGUGACAGUGAUGAAAUGGAGGAGGAGGAGGAGAGAAUUGACGAAGAGGUUCCUGAGGUGUCUGCCCCGUUUCCUGUGGUACUACCUAAUCCUGAUCCAACAACUCAUGACGGGACAGGGGUGCAGAUGGUUCACUCACAGUAUACAGAGACACUCUACACCAUGACCACGGACCAGACCAAACCACCGGGAGCUGUUGUCAUUGACACCAAUUCUCUUGAUCUGGGGGAUUUUUCAGAUAAUGAUGAUGAAGAGGAUGAAGAUGACAUUUUAAUAGCUGAUUCCCCAGAACCACCUGAGCCUGUUGUACCAGACACAAUGCUGGAUGAUGAGAACAGCCAACCAGGCAGACUGCACCCAGAGCAGGACCUGCCCCAUGUAUUUAAGAGUAUCCAGAGUGCUUUGACCGGCCUCGAACAUGAAGAGCUGUUGAAAUUUAAGUCGUGGUAUUACCAGUGGGAGAAAGGUAUAACCGUGCAACAGAUGAUGACCGGGGACCUUCUUGAUUUUGUGGACAAAAUCAUAGAGAUAUUUGGCCCGGAGCGUGCCCUGUCGCAUACAAUAAGAACCCUAGAAAAUAUCGGCAAGAAACCAGAAUCAGACGAACUACAGGAUAAGUGCCAUAGAGCAUUGAUCCGUUAUCAUCUGACGCAGAAUUUGAUCAGAAAAUACCAAUCGAUCCACGAGGGGGUUGUUCAAGCCGGAAAGCAUAAUCUUCUAAAAAACAUCUACAUUGAGCCACAGAUUUCCACCUGUACUUAUGGAGGAGUUGACCCCAACCAUGAGAUCCGAUCCUACCCUGCGACCCCUGUCCAGGUCCCCAGUCCCGACACUUUUGUGAGCCUGAACAAUCUGUUCCGACUUCAGAAGGACGAUGGCAAGCCGGUGAAGACGGUGCUGACCACUGGGCUUCCUGGAAUUGGCAUGAGUGUCUCUGUGCAGAAAUUCUGUAUGGAUUGGGCAGAACUGCAUGCCAAUAAGGAUAUGCAGUUUGUCAUCAGGCUUUCAUUCCGAAAUAUCUGGACACUGCGAAUCAGGAAAUUUCUCACCGACAAGAUGUCCAUCAUAGACGUGCUAGAAUAUUAUCAUCCUGAAUGCAAAAACAUGAAAUACCUGGAGCAAGAGGACUGUAAAUAUGUCGUCGUAAUGGAUUCAUUUGACUGCUACCAGGGUGAUCUGGACUGGGAGAAUUGUCCAGUAAUAAACGACAAUUACACCAAAGUACAUCCUGAUGUCCUGGUUGUCAAUAUCAUCCGAGGUACUGUGCUUCGUGGUGCCCGCCUCUGGAUCCUGGGGAGACGGGCGGCUGUCUCACAAAUACCAUCUCAAUACAUAGAUGCUGUCACAGAAAUCCAGGGCUUUAGUGACGAGAUGAAAGAUCAAUACUUCAACCUGCGCUAUAGCAGUAAAAAAGAUCUAGCAGCGAAGAUCGUAGCACAUUAUAAGCGCCUACCGACACUCAGAAUACUCACCCGACAACCUUUCAACUGCUGGAUUGCGGCCAAAGUGUUCUCACGCAACUUCCGUUACCAGGACUACGGGGAGCUUCCACCCAGGCUGACGCCGUUCUACGUCAGCAUGAUGAUCGUCCAGACCAAUCGCAGGCUGCAGUUCUACUACGACAAGAUGGAUAAUGAGCUGAAAUGGUCCAACGAUGACAGGCAAUACCUGAUGAAGGUGGGGAAGAUGGCCUUAAAGCUGCUGGAGAGGAACGUCAGUGUGUUCUAUGAGGAGGAUGUGAAGGAAUUCGGUCUGAGUGUGACGGAGGUGGGCGUGUUUUCUGGCAUGUGCACUGAGCUCCCGAAUACGGAUGGGAGGAGGAAGUACUGCUUUGUACAUUUCAGCUAUCAGGAGUUCAUGGCUGCUAUGUACGUCUUCACAACCUUUCGCAAUGAGUCCAAGAACGUUCUGGAGUCCAGGAGCGUUCUGGAGUCCACCUUGUUGCACAAGACCAAGCUGUUCGCAUCCAAGGAUCAGACCAGAUCAGCAGCAGGCCUGGUCCAGAGUGCCCUGACGCGAACCCUCGGCUCCCCGUAUGGCCACUACGACAUGUUCCUGCGCUUCCUGUGCGGCUUGAUUUCCCCGUUGUGCCACGAAAAUCUGCUGCGUGGUUGUCUCUUUCCGCACCACUCCCCGAAGGUUAACGGGCUGGAUGAGGUGCAGCACCUGCUGGAGAAAACGAUACGGACUGCUGAAGAGAAAUAUAUCGAGCGGGUGGAAAACCUAAAGGAGUGCCUUAGAGAAGUCACCCAGCAGAAAGAGUGAAUUGGGUUCGAUUGCACCAUAAAAAAAAAAGCUUUAAAUGGAUAUGAUGGAUAGAGCAGAAGUACAGCUUGAUCUUUAUCAUAGUAUCUCAUGAGUCUGUGCCAGACAAACUAAAACUAUUCUAUGCAUUUUAGUACGGUGGAGUUGAUCCAAUACUGCAUUUUGUCAGUCAUGUCUUACAAUGAGCACUAAUGAAAACACAUUCUAACAGCAGAGUGUUCUUUAUCCAGCUGUCUCUUUGUAUUGAGCUAUGUUGAUUUUUAUUUUAUAUUUCAGUGACAAAAGAAGCAACAAAGGAAUCUGACUUUGUUGUUGCCUCAUAAGCCUCAUAAUAUAUUGUCGAAUGAAUCAGAUGUGCCUGAUCUGUAUAUAUCUACAGGUGCAUCUCAAUACAUUAGAAUAUGAUGGAAAAGUCCAUUUCCAGUAGUUUCAGUCAAAUAGCCCCAACCAAGUAUUGAGUCAUAUAGAUGGACAUACUUUUCAGAGGCCAACAUCUCCAUAUUAAACAUCCUUCUGUACUACUUCUUUUGUAAUAUGAAACAUUUUUUGAGACACUGAAUUUUAGGUCUUCAUUAAAUGUAAGCCAUAAUCAUUAUAAUUAGAAGAAAUUAAAUAAAUUAAGACAUGAAA